CGAAAGGCCCGCCGCUCGUCUCGCUCUCGCUUUUCUUGUUCCUUUGCCCGCCUCGUUCGCGCGCAUAGGCUCGACACACCAGAAUAUAUUCUUGUCGUUUAUUCUCAAGUUAUUCGCUUAUUUCGAAGGAAUUUCGAAGCUCGAAAUAUUGAUUUUCAACGGACUCCUGUACUGACAAUGGAUCCAACCUCACAGGGCCUUUCUCCCGACUCCCUCCCAUCGAUGCCAGCCUCUUCACCACGCAAACAGCGUAUCUCACGAGAGAACGAGUCUCCCUCUCAGCGUAACAAGCGCGAAAAGGCGGCAGAGAGACAGCGGCGUAAGAGGGAGCGCGAUAGGAACAAUAACAUCCAGAACGCGCUCGCCGCGUCCAUGCCACCCGCCGUGCAGCAGCACGUUCUGCAGCAACAGCAACAGCAACAGCAGCAGCAGAUCUCACAGCCGCCACCACAACCACCACAACCACCGUCGGUGUCUGCACCACCACAACCGCAGACGUUAUCUCCCUUACAGUCUCAGCAGCACCAUAUUCCUCCCCCACCGCCACCCCCUGAAGCUUCCCAUAUCGAUGCGAUUCCGGUACAAAUAUCUCGACCGGAAGUACAGACGACAUCCGUGCAGACGAGCUCCAACGACGAGUAUAUAAUGUCUCCGGAGGAGGUCGCGAGACGAGACAGGGUCAGGACGGCGGCAAGGGAGAGGCAAAGGAAACAUCGGGCUUUAGUCAAACAGAGGAAGUUGCGUGAGUUGGGUCUUGAUAUGGGGAACGAGCUCGUACAAGGCAUGGACGACCAAUAUCGCGCCGCAGCCGACGCCUACGCUCAUGCUCAAGCUCAGGCCGUCGCUCAAGCCCAUGCCCACGCUGUUCACCACCUUGGGCCACCGCCACCCCCGCAUGAGCUCGGACAACAUCCUCCUCCAGGUGCGCCUGGACAUUCCAGUCCUGGUAUGCCGCAGGAGCCACCAUUUCCGGGUGGACCGGGACAAUUGGGCGGGCAAACGUUCGCGAGCACGUUGUUGUUGAGUUUUAGCUGUGCGCCGUUGUUGAAGGCGCAUUUGCUGAGGACGCUCCAGAUGACGAACGACGAGCUGGCGAGUUUGGAGCCGAUCAUCGCUCAGGCGUGGGAUCAGUGGGAUCAUAACCGUCGAAUGCAUUAUGCCGCCCAUGCCGCCUCAAAUCCUUCUCACCCUCCACCGCAGCCUCCCCACCCUUCUGACCCCUCCUCAUCCUAUCCCACCCCACCUCACCCCCACCAGCCCGUCGACAUUUCAGAUCCGAACGCUGCAGCGGCGGCCGCAGCUGCCGCCGCCGCCGCUCAGUUCCAGGCUCAUCAACACCAAGCUCAACAGCAACAGAAUAACAAUGGAGCCGUGAACACGAACGGAGCAGUCACGGGAAUAGAGGGAGACGGAGGAUCUGCUGCAGGACAAGCACAGGACCCGAACGAUUUUAGGGCGAGGUUUCAUCGUCCGUUGGUUGCUCCGAGCCCAUUCAGGACGUUCGCGCAGGCGGAGGCGGAGGCCGUGGCGGGUAGGGCGAGCGCAGCGACGGGGAACGUGAAUGGGAGUCCGGGCUCGAGCGGAAGUGGGGGGAGUGCGGAGGGCGAGGAGGGCGAGUCGAAGACGGAGGAGAUGCAGGUGGAUUCGGAGUUGGGCCAGGCGAGGGGUGAGGCCGAGGGAAUUGCGGGGAGGUUGGAACGGGGGUAGUGGGUCCCCGGAUGAGAUAAAGAGAUUGAUUGGACUCGAGUGCGGGUUGACAGUCGUGGUCGUUUGCAUCGUUUCGUGGUUACGGUCACAUUUUAGUUGUGUAUUCAUCUCGAUUCGCCACCGUUUUCAGUACUGUGGGCCACGGCGAGCUUGAGAUCCAGUUUUCUGUUAAUGUUUUACUUUUAGUGGUGUACAUCGUGUUGUUACUGUAUUAUCGUGACCUGACGGCUCAUUUAUCCCUCUCCUUUCAUUCAUGCUCAUACUUCUGAUUAUACGUAUGUUUACUCCUCACUGUGAUUGUUGUUAAUGUUCAU